CUCUCUUGCGUGAGGGGCCGAAUGACUGGGUGAGUGGGGUCUUGACUCAUACUCAAUAGCAGUGGAAGAGUGUGGCGAUGCGUGACUCGAAUCGCUGCAGCGGGCUGGCCGCAUCCUGCCACACAAACAAUGUCACACAUGCAGAAAGAUCAAACAGCACAAACAAGAGGCUGGCUUACGUCGGUGCCGGCGAGUGAGAAGCUGCCAAGGCCCGCAACACCAUCUGAGCCACCACCUGACGACCACACGGAGAAGCGGUUCCCUUUAAACCGCAUAUGAGAAGGGCCGUGGUCUGAGUGUCCGCCUCACCCACCUGCAUUGUUCUUGACGGAUCGGCUGUUCUCCAGGAACAUGAGGGCGAUUGCGAUGUCCACAGCCUUGAGUGACCGCACCGGGCGACGCACCAACUGCACCCAUCCAUCCAUCCAUCCACCAACAGACAAAUAUCGUUCUUAUGCGCGCCUCGCCGCCCACGUCUGUCGGCCCACCUUUGUCGUGGCCGCAGCGAGUUUGAUGAUCGUCCGCAUCUCCAAACUGACAUAUACAGGCGUCUUCAAUGGAGAUGGCUACCCGUGUUGUCAUGUCUCCCUCCAUCCCUCCCUCCUUCCUUUAUUGACUGACCUGGUGAGGGCCUGAUGGUGUAGCUGCAGUGCGCCUUGAUAGUCUCGCAGCAGGGAGUGGGACGGCUCAGAGAGACUGAACGCCGAGGGACCGGUGGAGACGUCGACGGGGAUGGGGAUGGGUGGUGCGGUCCGUCUGACCCUGCCCUGCCGCCCCUGCUGCUGCUUGUUGGGGCGACGCUCAAACACCUCACCGACAGUCUGCACAUUGGGGAAGCAAUGAAACUUGUUCGGGAGAGGUAAUGACAUUUUUGGUGUGUAUGUACCUUGCGUCUGGCGUCACCGAGUGCGGCGUUGUUGCCGCCGUCCACCUCCAUCAAGCCCCAGAAGUUGAUGACCUUAGCCACUGCAUGUUUCCAAAUGUAGAAAAGGCUUCACACAUCAUGAUUUGUCGUACGUGCGCAUGAGUCUGCGAUUCGUUCAUCCUCCUCGCCAUCCUCCUGCUUGACGUGAAUGGCCAGAGAGGUGGGCUCCUGCACACACACAACAACAUGACACCACAGGGACGAUGACCUCACACAGAGGUCACCAUCGCAUCGAAGAGGCCGGUGAGGUCGAUGACUGAGUCGAAGUAGGGCAGGAGGGGCUUGAUGGUCGACAUGGGCGACCUGUCAGUGAUCGAGACACAGCCAGAUGCAGCAUGGCGAGUCUCCCCCUCUUUGCAGCGCGAUCGAUACUUGGAUGCUUUCUUCGGGCCAGUGACAUAGAAUGCCCAGAGCGUGACAUUGGCGCGGUGGUAGCCUGCCUUGGCCAGCUUGACACGGCCAUGCGACAAAACCUCCGUGAAAACCUCUCGCUGCUUGGCCGUCAGCUGACCGGCCACACACACGCACAGAGACACACAUGUGCAGUCGCAAUCGGUGUGGCGGCUUCCCUCACUUCAUCAUCCGAUAGAUUGAAAAUGGCGAUGCGAUAGAGGAGCAGUGUGGUGGGGUCGUGGUGCUUGGCGUCGAACACGAAACAGUGGGGCAGACACUGGGCAGCCCCCAGCAGCAGCUUACGCAACAUGACGUCAUCAUCUGAUCGAUCAACCACACACGACGAGAUGCAUGUGUGCAUGUCUUGCGGUCAUGUGCUGCACCGACUGACUGACCUCCAGUGAAUAGGCAGUGGAUGGGCUGGUAGGGGAGAUCGUUGGCGAACAUGUCUGCCGACACAACAAAGAUAGUGAGCGAUGGGAAUGUGCCAUUCCUCUUGUCCCUCACCCGCAGUGCCCAGCCGAGAGACGGUCGCGCUCGUGACGUCCGUCACUGAGACACAUUCACAAUCCGUGAUAAACGGCUGCACAGGGGUGUUCAUGUCUCCCUCACUUGACAUUCUGUCGUCCAUCCUGCCCGCUGCCAUGACCUGGCCCUCCUCAUCCUCAGCGAUGUGGUGCUCCCAACGAGACCCGCCUGACACACACGCACCGACAAAAGAGACACAUGGACGUCCGACUUGGUUCUCGACACACAAACGGCUGCGUACCUGUCUCGAAGGCGAAGUUGCCCGACCAGAACGAGUACAGCUGGGGGUCGAGUGGUAGAAAGUUCUCAUACGCCAACGCAGCACUGCAUGCAGAGGAGCAUCAAUCUCAUGUUGGUAUAUAUGUGGGUGUCCUUUUACGAGAGCAGCAGCACGACGCGAGGGAUGCCACAGGAGUCAGUCGGCAGAUGGUCUGGCAAGCAACGCGAAAGGGAAGAACAUUUGUGAAACCAGCCGCUGUUGCGUGUGCGUCGCCUCGUACCCUUGGCCAGCAUCUGCGCUCUCUCCAAAAGUGCCGUCCAGUCAGAGAAAUCGUCUUGCGAAAACUGCAUCUCUCGGUAGGAGUCGCCCCCGCCAUGGCCCGCCGCCGCCGCCGCCGGAGCAGCAGCAGCCAUUGGCAGACACUCGUAGAAUCGCACAUCACCAGAUGGACGGCUCGGUGUGCCGUCACCCAACAAAGCCUGACACAAAUCGAGAGUGAGCAUCACUUUCGAUGUGUCAUCCUUCCUUUGUCAUGUGUCGUCAUGCAUACCGAUGGUUCAUUUGGCGGCGAGACAUCGAGUGCCCACACGCGGACCUUGCCGUUCGUGCUGCCGAGAGAGGGCGGCAGCGGGACAACCUGCAAGGGAGAACGAGAUGCUUCACAUAAACACAAAGGCGGCUGUUCUGUGAGUGAGGAACCUUGAAGUCAGCACGGCUGCCGAGUGGAUACUUCUGCAGGAACGUCUCUGCCUGCAGCCAAUCGCACCCAUGAAUGAAUGAGCUCGUGUGCAUGUCGGCGUAUCUUUCUGUAUGUACCAGUUUCCCCUCCACAGUCACGGUCAGUGGCGUGCGGCUGAAGCCGUUACUGUCUUGCGAUACGGAGAUCAGCACCUCGCGAUAGGCUGACAGGGAAGCAGCGUCCAAACCAUUGGUGGAUGGAUGGAUGCAUCAGAGUCUGUCACUCAGGUCCUUUGCGUUGCAGGUUUACUUGUGUAGGUGCGUCUGUUUGUGAGCUCCUGGUACUCCUUCUUGCACGUCACACACUUGUACACCUCAGACCUACACACACAAGACACCAUUUGGCUUGGUUUUCGGUGCGUCUUUUUCGCGCCCACUUUGGUUUGAUAGGUGUGCCGAACCGCGACACACGCAGUAAAACGUCAGUGUCGCCCAUGUCGAUCAUGCCGUCCCCAUCCUUGACACACAUGCACUGCGGAGAGAACACCUGAACCAAACUGAAGGCCGGACAGAGAGAGAGGGGUCAUGGAUGGGUGUGCGUCGUGUGUUGUGUAUGCUGUGGUUGGGUGACCUUCUGUGCUGGAGUGGUGAGCAGCUGAUGACCACGCCGUCAUCGAUGCGGAUCAGGCUGCCUGUCUGAGCAUACAGGGACGACGUCGAGAACGAACUCACCCUGCAAAUGACGUUGAAACACACACACAGAGAUAACACACAUCUGCUGCAUUUCUGUGGUUUGAAAGUUUCGUACGGUGCGCGGAUGUAAGUGCAUGAUGAGAAGUAGAUGAUGACCAGCUCCUUCGAUGGCGGCACAUACUUGUCCUGCACGAACCACAGAACCGUGCACAGACACAGAUGCCUUCCGGUCCUUGCCCACCUUGUCGUCGUCCGUCAUGUCGGUGCCGGUGUCGUCGUCGAGGCCCAGGUAGGCGGCGCUCUGGUCGAGGUUGGACAGCAGACGCCAGAUGACGUGCUUCAAUAACUCGUAGAACAUCGUAAAGCGCUGCACCACCAACACACCCAACUCUGGUGCAGCGUCCAACCUGCUCCAAUCCACACGACACAACACAAACGACGCAGAUGGAUGCAGCCAUUCUUUUCCUCUCUCUUUAUUCCUUACAUGUGGAGCACAUCGAGCUCUUCCAGAUCAACCUGAAUGAGCGGCAGGGCCUGUUGGUCGCGCGCCAUCCGAGAUUUUGUGGCGAGGAAGGCCCGUUUGAUCUCGGCAGCGGCGCCAUGCUCUUGACUCAGGACCCAGUCCAACAGGAGAACCUCCAGGCGAUCCCUCUCGCUGGCGGAACCAUCGCCUCCCAUCGACAUGAUGUCACCAUCCGACGAGGUGCGGCGUCCCAAAAGAAGGUGCUCCGCCCGGCAACCUGCC